CCCUCGCGUCCGGCCAGCAGAGUGACAGCUGAAGCAGCUGGCUGGACCAGCGUGCGGCAGCGCGCAGGCGCACUGGACUUGGCCAAGAGCUCUUUUAGCCCUCACGGCUUGCCGUUGUUUUGGCGGGUAGUGCGAAACAUAAACUGACUGGAGUCAUGGAGGAAAACGCGGCUCCUCCGCGAAAAGAAGCAGAAAAUGUCGGUGAUUCAAGCACUCCACAAGAUGGUCCCCCGAAAGAGUCGGUCGCCGCACCUUCUGCUGCUGGUUGUGGUCGGUUCAAGCUGUUUGAAAAAAUCUUAGAGACCAGUAUCGAGAAGUUCAUGUGCAUUGCCAGGGAGCAGUUUGCCAGCAAGUUUGGUGUCUUAUACAAAAAUAACCCUAAGUUGGUUGCGUCCAUUCAUAAGGAAUUUAUUGAGGAACUCAGAAAAGCAAUACAGGAGGACAUUAACAGAAUGAUUGAGGAAGGCCGGUUUGAGUCCAAACUGAAUGCGCUGGACAAACUGGAGAGUGAAGCCAGGAACAAUCCCGAGCCUGCAUGGCGACCUACUGGCGUUCCUGAAAAAGACGUGGGUAGUUUUCUGGUACCCUACUAUAAGAAACAAGAGGCCUACCUGCAAAAGGAGUUGAAAAAGAUCCAAGCAGAGAAUGCCACCAUCGCGGAGAAGGUUCGGGCUGGCAGAGAAAAUAUCACUCAGACUGAGCAAAAGAUUGCUGCAGCUGUUGAGGACUGGAAGGUGACGGUCAGCGAAUUUGGACGCCUCUCAUCCACUCUUCAUCCUGGAAAUGUGUUCUAAUCAAUGAUGUUAAAAAUAUGUACGUCGUUUGUGUUUUCGUGCUCUGUCAGAAAAUAAAAGUUUGAAAACCCA